AGGCCUGGCCCUGCGGGCGGGGGAGCCGGGCGGGCCUUCCCCGCCGUGAGGCGAUUCCCGCCCUGGGACGCGGCGCUGAGGUGCUGGCGGGACACAGGGAGCCCUCGCUGUGGGAAGGCGCCGUGUCCGCGGUGGCUUGUGAGGAACCGGCCCCAGAGAGGUUUGCGAGCGACCCCCGAUGAGGGGCUCUUCAGUCUGAUUUGAAUGAGAUACCCGAGAGUAAAGGCCAUCUCCAGCGUUCCCGUCCAUAGGGCUGAACAAGAUGCCAAAACAGGAAAAUGGCCAAAAAGAAGAUUCCGUCAUCCAGAAUGACCUCAGUGAGGCAUUUGGAGAAGAAGUUAGAGCGUUCCUCAGUGAUGAAGAGAAACUACAUCUUUUUGAUGACCUCACGAAAGUUAAUCCGGUGACAACUACAACAGUUCUGAAAUGUCUUCAAGCAAGAUAUAGAGUAAACUUGUUUUAUACAAAUGCUGGCUGCAGCCUGGUGGCUUUAAAUCCAUUUCAGCCUGUCUCCUGCCUCUAUUCACCCGAGCUUAUGAGAGAGUACCAUGGUGCACUUCACCCUCAGGAUUUAAAACCUCACAUCUUUGCGGUGGCUGAGCAAACCUACAGAAACGUCCAAAGCCAGAGAGAACCUGUAAACCAGUCCAUAAUUGUGAGUGGAGAAAGUGGUGCUGGGAAGACCUGGACAUCUCGCUGCCUUAUGAAAUUCUACGCUUCCAUUGCUGCUUCAGUUAUCUCCCCAAAAGGCAAUGAAACCGUGGAAAGGAUAGAGAAGAGAGUGUUGGAUUCCAACCCUGUCAUGGAAGCAUUUGGAAAUGCAUGUACCCUGCGGAAUAACAACAGUAGCCGUUUUGGAAAAUACAUCCAGCUUCAGUUAGACAGAUCCCACCAUCUGAGCAGUGCUUCCAUUCAGACUUUCCUUUUGGAGAAGACCAGAGUUGCCUAUCAGGCCCCCAAUGAAAGAAACUUUCAUAUUUUUUAUCAGAUCACAAAAGGUGCCACUGCAGAGGAGAGGCUGGAAUGGAACCUUCCAGAAGGGGCUGAGUACCGCUGGCUGCCAAAUUCUGAAAGAAACUUAGAUGAGGACUGCUUCGAGGUGACCCGAGACGCAAUGUUUCACUUGGGCAUUGACCGCUCCACGCAGAACAAUAUUUUCAAGGUGUUGUCAGGCCUUCUCCAUCUCGGGAACAUUCAGUUCUCUAAUCCAGUGGAUGAAGCUCAGCCUUGUGAACUGGAAGACAAAACCAAAGAUUUUGUGAAGACCUCUGGAGAUUUGCUGAAAAUACCUGUCGAGGAGCUACUGGAAUCAUUAAGGAUUCGAACAAUAACUGCUGGAAAACAACAACAAGUCUUCAAGAAGCCGUGCUCCAGAGCCGAGUGCGAGACCAGGAGGGACUGCCUGGCCAAAGCCAUCUACGCCAAAUUGUUCGAAUGGCUCGUUCUGGUCAUAAACGAGAGCAUCUACGCAGAUCCAUCAGCAUGGACCAGCUUCAUAGGUUUGUUGGAUGUUUAUGGUUUUGAAGCCUUCCCUGAAAACAGCCUGGAGCAGCUUUGUAUUAACUAUGCCAAUGAGAAGCUGCAGCAGCACUUUGUAGCGCACUAUCUGAAGGCACAACAGGAAGAAUAUGCAGCAGAAGGGCUCCAGUGGUCGUUCAUCAACUACCAGGACAACCAGAACUGCCUCGAGCUGAUCGAGGCCAAUCCCCUCAGCAUUUUUUCUCUGCUCAAUGAGGAGUGCCGUCUGAAUAGACCCUCGAACACCCACCUGUUCCAAACUCGGAUUGAGAAAGCCUUGUCUAAUAAUCAAUGUUUAAGUCGAAACAAGUUUAGUAAGGAGCCUAACUUCAUUAUUUCACAUUAUGCUGGCAAAGUCUGCUAUCAGCUGGCAGCAAUGGUGGAGAAGAAUAAGGACCCCAUUCCACCAGAGCUGGUCAACGUUUUGCAGAAUUCUAAGGACCCUUUGCUUCAAAAAUUAUUUCCUGUGGCAGAAGGGAACCAAAAUAACAUCAAAACCCAGAACAGAGCAGCUGUUGUGACAGUGGUGUCAAAGUUCAAGGGUUCACUGGAACACCUCAUGCAGCUUGUGAACAGCACCACGCCGCAUUACAUCCGAUGCAUCAAGCCUAACGCUGGCUGCAAGGCAAUGACUUUUCAAAGAGAAGAGGUUCUCAGCCAGCUCCAGGCGUGUGGGAUAGUCGAAGCCAUCACCAUCAGCGCAGCGGGCUUCCCCGUUAGGAUCCCUUUCCAAAGUUUCACUGAGCGCUAUGAAAUACUGAGAAAAUCAUAUCCGUCCAAUAAAAACAGAGUGUGUGAUAAAAGCAACCACCACACUGCCAAGAACAAAGUUUUUGCAGGUGAGGCUCCACUGGAGGGUGAUGCCGAAGCAUCACGUUCUGUCAUUUUUGAGAUCCUUCGGAAUGUUGUUACGGGACAAACCGCUGCUGAGCAACCGCGGAACAGAGCAGAGAACACUUCAGUGUACUGCGGCAAAACCAAAGUGUUUAUGGCUAAUUCCGUGCUGGAGCAACUCGAAGCUAGAAGAGCCCAGGUGCUAAAUCAGAAAGCGUUUUGCAUUCAGUGUUGCUGGAGGAGAUUUAAACAGAAGAAACUUGCCAAGGAGAGAUGGUCUGCAACUGUCAUCCAAGCAGCUGUUCGCUCCUGGUUAGCCAAGAAUCGCUUCCAAAGGAUGCGCAGGGCUGCUGAUGCCAUUAAGCGCAGCUGGAGGAAAUGGAAAGCAAAAAUGGCUGCGUUAGCAGCAGCAGAAUUGGACGAGGGUGAAGAAACGGCGUUUUUCUCAGUUCGCGGAGCUACAGUCGCCUCAGCCAAACCACCUUGCUCCUGGGAGACGCCUUGGCCGCUGCCCACGGUGACUCAGUUCUGGCCGCUCGGCCUCGUCCUGGCUGCUGCCCCCGUGACCGUUCCGGGGCUGCGGAGGGACCUGUCCCUGUCACUGCUGACGAGCCUCCGGGUGCUGCGCGAGAGCGACUGCUGCAGGGUGGAAAGCUGCUUCCUGGGCUGCGGCAUCACCUCCGUCAGAGCCCUCCCGCAGGGCUCUAUUAAGUUCCACUGUAAGAAGUCUCCCCUGCACUACGCAGACGUCAGCCCGCACACGGCCGCCUACUCCAUCACCGGCUUUAACCAGAUUUUGCUGGACAGAAAAAACCUCCUGCCAACGUAGGUUGUGGCCGGCUGUACUUUUUCCUUCAGGGAAGGACCGUCUGCAAGCUGCUGCUUUCAAAUUACUCAACGUCCGUAUCUGCUGCUACCUCAGAGCUUUCUCUAUUGAUGCAUUGUAGGUAUAAUAUAUUUCAAAUUUAAAAUGCAUGAGGGGGGACGUUCCUCCACUCACACGCACAUGCGUUUUAGAGGAAAUACCAGUACUAGGAAAACACUUAACAUAAUCAAGUGCUUUAAGCAAUAUAUACUUGAACUGAACAUUUCUGGCACUACCUGGGAGAAGGAAGAGGCUGGUAACGGGAGAGCAAAUAAGGCAACUGGUUCUGGUGCGUGCUGGGUUCUCGCUGGAGGUACCACCAGUCAGUGGUGUCACAGCGCUUCUGACUGCGGCCAAGGAAGGAGCAGCAGCCAGGCCUAACAGCACAGGCAGAUGUCUCAGGGAAAAGCAAAACUGGACUCUUUAUCUAUAGGACCAAAGCACGGGUACGCUCACCACUGCCGCGCGUUUCUAACGCUGCCGAGUCAACAGUGUCACCUCUGCCACGGUUCCCAUCCCUGUUGCUCGCAUGGGUCUUGAAAAUGUUCAGCUCUCCUGUGUAUCAUUAAAUACCUGGUAAAGGUGUCUGAGCAUCUGCAACGAAGUUUAGUUAAUGAAAACAUAUCAAAUUAGUUUGUGGAUUAAAAUAAAUGCAAAUAGAUUUAAUAUUGUUAUUGGAAA